CCUUGCCAUCCUUAGUUUGUGGCGCCUUGGCCGGUUUUUUUAGCCUUAUAUCCGGCAUAUGAAUAGAGACGGCGGUGGCAGAAAUAGGAUACAAUUGGUUGUAGCAAUGGGUUCUCGUCAUGCCAUCAUCGUGCCUUUGCCAGCGCAAGGCCAUGUCAUUCCCUUAAUAGCUCUCUCCCACUCCUUGGUUGCCCAUGGCUUCAGGAUCACAUUCAUCAAUUCCGAGUUCAACCAUGAGCAUGUUGUUGCUUCCUUGUCCCAGAACGGUGGUGAUGGAGUGGAAGGGAUACAGAUGGUUUCCUUUCCGGAUGGAUUGGCACCCCGCGAAGACCGUAAUGAUAUCCAAAAGUUGACAGAAGGCAUCAGAAGGGUCAUGCCUGGACAUUUGGAGGAACUCAUAAAACAGAUGAACACAUCAAAAGGUGACAGGGUUUCAUGCGUUAUCGCCGAUGGGGCCAUGGGGUGGGCUCUCCAAGUGGCGCAAAAGAUGGGCAUCCGGUCGGCUGCCUUUUGGCCUGCGUCUGCUGCACUGCAUGCAAUAUUUCUGCACAUUCCUGAGAUGAUCCAGGAUGGUAUCAUUGAUGCUAAUGGAAUGUCAGAAAGGAGCGAGACAUUCCAGCUGAGCCCAGGCAUGCCGUCUGUGCACACAAGCCAACUUCCAUGGAAUUGUGCCGGUAAUCUCGAAGCAGAAAGAUUCUUCUUCAAGUGCAUGCUCAGUAAUAAUCAAGGAAGGAAGCUUGCUGAAACAAUCAUUUGCAACUCCUUCUAUGACCUUGAGUCACCAUCAUUCACCCUCUUUCCAAAUUUGUUGCCUGUUGGACCAUUACUCACAAGCCAACAAUUUGGAAAGGCAGUUGGGCAUUUCUGGCAAGUGGAUACAACCUGCAUGAGUUGGCUGGAUGAGCAACCUGCUAACUCUGUCAUCUAUGCGGCAUUUGGAAGCUUGGCAGUCUUCAACCAGCACCAAUUCCAGGAGCUUGCACUUGGGCUUGAACUCUCCGGCCGUCCAUUCCUGUGGGUCGUAAGACACGAUCUCACAGAUCGGACAGAUGAUGCCUGGUUAGAUGGGUUUCGAGAUCGAGUUAAAGGCCAGGGAAAGUUGGUAGGAUGGUCUCCUCAACAGCAGGUACUGGCUCACCCUUCCAUUGCUUGCUUCUUUUCUCAUUGUGGUUGGAAUUCGACAUUGGAAGGGGUGAAGAAUGGAGUCCCUUUCCUCUGCUGGCCUUACUUCGCCGAUCAGUUCCUCAACCGGAGCUAUAUUUGUGAUGUUUGGAAGACUGGUUUGAACAUAGAUCCUGAUGACAAAGGAUUUGUUCCAAAAGAGCAGAUCAAAGAGAAGGGGGACCAAAUAUUUUUGAAUGAGGAAAUGAAGGCCAGGGCCUUAAUGUGGAAGGACAUUGCUAAUAGGUGCAUUAAGGAAGGAGGGUCUUCCUAUAAGAAUUUCAAGAGCUUUGUAGAUUCCAUGAAAGAAUGACGAGCUCUUCUAAUUUUCUCAAUAAUAAGGCACAUGGAUCUUUGGUGUUUGCUUCAUCCAACUAAAAAUUAAGCUCUGAUGAAUGUGCUAUGCUGCAUUUGGAAACAGCCAAUGAAAUGGUCUAUGCAUUUAUCAAUAUUCAAGUAUCAUUCUUCUUUCUGCACUGUUGUAGAUUUUGUUUGGGAUAGGGUCUUUUGAGGGAAAUACUCUGAUCUCGUAAAUUGCUUUGUGGAUUUGACUUUGGUGUUCUUGAGAAAUAAUUAAUGUAACUGACAGCUAGUUUAUAUUGUGGAUUGUUCAAUUGGGGCCAAUCCUGCUUC